UAUCGCGCAUGCGCACAGUAAACAAAAGGAGUCGGGGUGAUCGGCACAGAUUAAAAAUGACAAGGAAUUUGUCUACGGGAAUCUCGAACACAACGCGCUAGUUUUGCUGUCUCUGUCCAAAUAAUUAAAAAGUGGAGCAAGGGAUUCACUCGAUCAUCCUUCCUGCUCAGACUGUGGGGAGGGAUUCACUCGAUCAUCUGAACGACUGGCAUGCCUGUCAUUUUACACAGGUGGGGGAACCCAUUCAUCUGACUGGACAGUGGGAAUGGAUUCAGUCGGUCAUUUCAACUGAAGGUACAUCAGCAAGUUCGCACUGGGACAAGGCCAUUCACCUGUUCUGUGUGUGAGAAGGGAUUCAGUGGGUCUUCCCACCUGUGGACACACCAGUCAGUUCAUACUGGGCAGAGGCUGGUCAUCUGCUGAAUUUGUGGGGAAGGAUUCACUCAGUCAUCUGACCUAAUGGCUCACCAGCGAGUUCACACUGGAGAGAGGCCGUUCACCUGCUCAGACUGUGGGAAGGGAUUCACUUGGUCAUCCCAACUGAAGGUACAUCAGCGAAUUCACACUGGAGAGAGGCCAUUCACCUGCUCAGACUGUGGGAAGGGAUUCACUCAGUCAUCCACCCUCAUGGCUCACCAGCGAGUUCACACUGGAGAGAGGCCAUUCACCUGCUCAGUCUGUGGGAAGGGAUUCACUGAAUCAUCCUCCUUAAAGAGACACCAGUCAAUUCACACAGGGGAGCGGCCAUUCACCUGCUUAAUCUGUGGGAAGGGUUUCACUGAAUCAUCCUCCCUACUGGGACACCAGUCAGAUCACACCGGGGAGUGGCUAUUCACCUGCUCAGACUGUGGGAAGGGAUUCACCUUCUCAUCUCAACUGAAGGUACAUCAGCGAGUUCACACUGGAGAGAGGUCGUUCACCUGCUUAGACUGUGGGAAAGGAUUCACUUGCUCAUCUAAACUGAAGGAACAUCAGCGAGUUCACACUGGAGAGAGGCCGUUCACCUGCUCAGACUGUGGGAAGGGAUUCACUCAGUCAUCCCACCUACAAGCACAUCGGUCAGUUCACACUGAAAAGAGGGAUUUCACCUGCUCAGAAUGUGGGAAGGGGUUCCCUUGCUCAUAUAAACUGAAGGUACAUCAGCGAGUUCACACUGCAGAGAGGGAUUUCAACUGCUCAGAAUGUGGGAAGGGAUUCACUUGCUCAUCUAAACUGAAGGAACAUCAGCGAGUUCACACUGGAGAGAGGCCAUUCACCUGCUCAGACUGCGGGAAGGGAUUCACUCAGUCAUUCGCCCUAAAGGCUCACCAGCGACUUCACACUGGGGAGAGGCCGUUCAUCUGCUCAUUCUGUGGGAAGGGAUUCACUUGCUCAUCUAAACUGAAGGUACAUCAGCGAGUUCACACCGGAGAGAGGCUGUUCACCUGCUCAGACUGUGGGAAGGGAUUCACUUUGUCAUCUCAGUGACUGAGACACCAGUCACUUCACACCGGGGAGUGGGCAUUCACCUGCUUAGUUUGUGGGAAUGGAUUCACUCGGUCAUACUACCUACUGAGGCCGUUCACCUGUUCAGACUGUUGGAAGGGAUUCACUCGGUCAUCUCAACUACUGAGAUACCAGCGAGUCCACACUGGUCCGAUCCCCUACUAAGAGUUAAGGAAGAGAUUCUCUCGGCAAAAUCAAGCAUCAUCGAGUUCCCACUGGGGAGAAACUAUUCACCUGCUGUGAAUGUGGGAAGUGAUUCACUCAGUUAUCUAACCUUGUGACAUCUUACGGGGUUCACACUGGGGAGAAAGUUUCAGUAAGCUGCAUGCUGGAUAUUUAUGCAUCACCGUUGCUGAAUGCUAUUUCGAGAGUGUCUGACGGUGCUGAACUGUGUAAUUAUUGCUGUUCCGCACCCUGGUCACUGGGCAUGGGAGGAGUUUCUUCUGCUGCACAUUCACCUUUAAUGGGACUGGAGUUUAGUAUUCUGGAUCUGAGAUAAAUAAAUCAGUUCUAUUUUAAACUCUGUCUCUGGUACUUAGUGAAUUUACAACACAACUAGUGUACAGUAGAGAAUCAACUCAGGCCGGCUGGACCCUGCCAGUGAUUCAGUUCCACAACAGUCCUUUUAAAUCCUCCCCUGUUGUUCAUCUCUCGCUCUCCCUGUGGUGAUGGGUUCCAAACAGUCACCACUCUGUGGGUGAAGGCGUUUCCCUUGAAUGUUCUGCAGACUGAAGAAGUCGAGCUGACUGCAGUUCUGUCUGAGAUGUUCAUCGCCCCUCAAAUCUCUGGGCUGAGGAAGAAUGACAUUGGUCGUUAACCUCCUUAUUUAGGGCUCAUUUCCACAUUAUGGGUCAUUUUCCCGGCUUGUAAAGGGUUGUUAGAAAAAAAAACGCUGUCCUCUAAAUACUGAAAGCAGAAUGGGAAACCAUCAGUUGGAUGUUCAACGAAACAGGGUCAGAAACCAGAGGCGGGUCUGUACAGGGCAGAGUUUGGGGCUCUGGACAAUGGUCGAGGUAAGAACGUAUGAUGAGGAGAAGGGAAUCAGCAGCGGGGCAUGGCAACAAAUGACAGAGUAACAACGUUUGGAAACUGAUUGGCAGAGAAAAUAAUUAGGUUGUCUGACUAUUGACACAAGUAAUGCCUGUUGUGAGGUGCUCCACUGGUCGAGGACAUGUGUGUGUUGAGAAUGGUUUUAUCUAUUGAGGGAGUUGUACCUGCUUGUUUAUCCUGUAA